AUGAAAUCUUUCCUUUCGUGUGUUUGCCUCGUGCUGCUCCUAACGGUGGCCACGCUUGCCGCCCCGGCUUCCCCUAAGGGUGCCACCAGCUCGUCCGAGUCCGUCGAAUCGAACGAAUCCAACGAGAAGGAAGUGGUCGGCGGAGAGGUUAAUUCUGCGGCCGAAGUGACGGAUGCGAACAUGGAGCUAACGGACACCAGCCGGGUAACCCGACCCGUGACGGCCGACACUCCGAAGACAUCCCUGGCGGCGGAGGUAACAACAGCGACCACCAAGGUACCCCUGCCUACUACCGAUACUUCGACGACAACCAAUGUGGCGGAAGUAAGAACAACUGCUGCAACGUCCAGUGCCGAUACUCCGAAGACAACCGAAGCGGUGGAAGUGCGCAAAACAUCAACGACGACGACUUCAACCGCGACGACCAAGAGUACUCCUACUUUCCCAACGGUGAGCGUUGAGGUACAUGAGACGAUCCGUCCCGCGUUGUCCACGGCCCGUACGACCAGCGAAACAUCUACGGUUCCGGAGGGAUAUUCCGAGAAGGGAACGACUCCCGAAGCGCGAGUGACCUCCGAGGCCGCCGAUGAGGUUGGAGUAACUACAAAAUCGAACGACGAUGUGGUCGAAUUGACCGUUACCGUGUCGGAAAAUGCAACCGUCGAUGUUAGCGUGGGAAGCAGUGACACCGGUUCCACCACAGGAGCUGAAACCGAUGCCCUCAACACUGCUUAG